AUGCGAGGGGUGGUUCGCAUGCACCUCCGAGUUCAAGACAACAGAGUGGAAGACGACAAUAACGCCUUUUCGACUACUUUUCAGUACAAAGUGGAGGAAGGUCCAGCUGUCAUCGAACACUACGGGUUGAAACUCGCAAGACUCGCUUCGUUACCUGCGGAUUUGCUCAAUCGUGCUAAGGAAGUAGCUAUGAGCUUGAGUGAGCUUGAGGCUAAAGGCCGAGACUCGACCGCUUCUCACGCAAUGAUAAAACGUCGAAAACUCCUUUUGGAACGCAGGGAAUCGGAUAACGAGGAACUCGCUCAUUCUUUGGAAAACCUGCAACGAGAAAGUCUCGACGAGUUCACCGAGACCUUCCAAGCGGUCGCCCAAUGA